GAUGCCCCGCUGUAUUUGUAGAGGAGCGGAGGAAGCCCCUCACGCUCUGGGAGGCGUAGUCUCUGCCAUUUCGACAUUCUGGCACUCAUACAGAUGAAUCCAGAGAAGGGGUGUUGUUUACUAUGACUGCCAGCCUCAAGGCAGCCAGUGCACGUGCCACCGCGGAUCGUUCGCCGCCCGGAAACAAUUCUGGAAGCUUUCGAAGAGCUGCAAUUCUGUCGCCAAACAAACAUUCAAGAUAUUUGCAUUUUCCUUUCUUUAACAGACUGUGAUAUUGAUUCCUGCGACAUUUUCUGUUCUGUUGACUUCACAAUGUCGUCGCGACUUCCGGACAGAUCGAGCACGAAACGAAGCCGCUCCCGCUCUCCGUCAUCCUGGCGACAACCCCAGAAAGUCCCGCGCAGAUACGAUGAAGGCGACCGACGGCGAGAACGGGACAACCGGCCAUCGCAGGGUCAACCGCGGGACAUGAAAGACCAGGUGCGAUUGAACCAGCUGCAAGAGGACGAGCAGGUACGAGAAUGGGUGGCGCAAGAGGACAUUUUCGUCCUCAAACAGGCCAAGAAGAAGGCAGAGAUUCGCGUCAAGGAAGGUCGUGCGAAGCCUAUAGACUGGCUCGCGGUGACCCUGCGAGUGAUUGAUCCGACGAGGGACCCGCUGGACGAUGAAAUUGCAGACUCGGAGCUUGAUCUGGUGGACCCGGAUGGGGUGUUUGAGGGAUUGUCGCAGGGGCAACUGGGUGAUCUGGAGAAGGAUAUUGAUACUUUCUUGCAUCUGGAGAACAAUUCUCAGAACAGGGAAUUUUGGAAGACUAUGAAGAUUAUAUGUCGAGAUCGCCAAAAGACCACCGCCCCCCAAGGACGUGCCAUCAACUCUGUCGCCGCUGAUAUCAACCGACUCCUCAGUCCCAAAUCAUACGAACAACUUCAGACGCUGGAGGUGCAGGUCAAGAAGAAGCUGGACUCCAACGAACCGAUCGAUACUGAUUACUGGGAAGAACUACUCCGCAGUCUGGGAGUAUGGAAGGCUCGGGCGAAACUGAAGAAGGUCUACCAGGCUGUCAUCGAAGAACGUGUUCGGGGAUUACGCCAACAACAAGCGGAAGAAGCUGAAUCGGUCCGCGCCAAGCUUGCUCCUCUUGCGCCGGUAAUCGAAACGGGCUUGGAUGAGGAGGCAGCUGAAGUUGUUGAUGAGGAUGGAUUCAAAGGACUGGAUCCUGAUUCCCUGCUACAAAUCCGUCCUGAGGAUAAGGUUCUUGAGAUAGUCGAUGAGAGUGCCUUUUUGAACCAAGUGGCUCGCGAGCGUCAAAAGAUCAUGAAGAUGGGCUUCGUUCCUCUUCGCCAGCGACAGGCAGAGAAGCCAUCUACAGCUGCCCCGGUCAACCAGACAUCUAACGCGCCAGUCACGGGCGCAAUUUCUCGUUUCUCCGCCAUUCCGAACGAGGACUUCUCGCAAGCGACCAAGGCACUUUACGAGAGGGAACUUGCCAAGGGUGUUAGCGAGAAUGAAGAGAUCUUUACCGGCGAAGAGGCCGUCAGCACCAACACACGUCCGCAAUGGGCCAGCAAGUACCGACCGCGCAAACCACGAUACUUCAACCGGGUACAGAUGGGCUACGAAUGGAACAAAUACAACCAAACGCAUUACGAUCACGAUAACCCGCCACCGAAGGUUGUCCAGGGAUACAAGUUUAACAUCUUCUAUCCAGAUCUUAUCGACAAGACAAGGGCUCCGACGUACAAGAUUGAACGCGAGCACGGGAGAAAACGUGGGCAGUCGUUUGCCCAGGCCGGGGAGGAGGACACAUGCCUCAUUCGGUUUAUGGCAGGACCGCCGUAUGAGGACAUUGCGUUCCGGAUUGUUGACAAGGAGUGGGACUAUAGUGCUAAGAGGGAGCGAGGUUUCAGGACUACUUUCGACAAGGUAUGCUCCGUUGCGUUAUGAUUAUUUCAGCAGUUGUGCUAACGCCAAUAUACAGGGCAUCUUGCAACUGCACUUCCAAUUCAAGAGGGUAUGUUUUCUCCCCCUUUACUCCCUCUUUUCCGUACUCACAAUUCCCAGGUUUAUUACCGCAAGUGAUUUCCGUCGACAACAGCACUUCGUUAUCAAUUGUGAUUAUGUACGAUAUUCGAUUAUCAUCACAAAGCAGAAGGUGGAGCGCAUGGAGUCGGUCGGCGUUUGGAUCAUCGCGUUCAUCUGGAUAUAAUCUCCUAGGCGACAUCAUUGGGCUGGAACUU